UAUGCUCCGGGUGAAUCUGAUCUUUUCUCCAGAACUCCCUUUGCACCCUCUAGGUGGCCCCGCGCCGGCGUCGAGGGGGCAACACAGCUCGUGUUGCCCCGCACACCGGGCACUGGACACUACCAGCCUCCCGACUGAGUUUGAUCCCUGUGUCUUUCCUUGCUAUUGCAGGAUAAAGCUGCCUUUCACCUAGAAGAACACCUUCCCCCACCCCACCCCUCAAUUCCCGGGAAGAAAGUUGGGGCAGGGGGGAAGGACUGAGAGAUCCUACAGAUUACCGCCUCACCUGCCACCAGAGGGGCCUAGAUUUGGGGAGCCAGGAAAAGCUAGAGAUGCUUCCAACCAGCUUUAGGACCCAGAGGCUCAAGAAGAAAAAAAAAAAAAACUUUCUCUUGGAAGUCCAUUCUGACUUCUCAGCUCUCCCGAGCCUCCCUCUGGGCCAGGCCCGAAGUUUUGGGGGAGGGAGACUCAGAGAUCUUUGUGGCAAAUUCCUGGGACUCCAGAGACUCUCAACCUGACCCCCUCCUCCUAGUCCACCACAAACAGAACCCCACCCGGCCAGCUCAGUCUCCCCAGCCCCCAUUCCACGUGGACUCGCCAGGGCGGGGUAGGGAGAGAGGACAGGAAGGGGGGGAGUCAGCUCUGAGGAGGGGGAAGGAGGCUGACGGCUGGCGUCUGCCCUCGUUGCCGGCGUCCUCGAUCUGGGCACCAUGUUCCUUGUGGGGUCCCCCAGCCACACCCUCCGCCGGCUUCCCAUCCUGCGGUUGCUGCUGCUUCUACAGGUUUUGGAGAGAGGGCUGGGCCGUGCCAGCCCGGCCGGAGCCCCCUUGGAAGAUGUGGUCAUCGAGAGGUACCAUAUCCCCAGGGCCUGUCCCCGAGAAGUGCAGAUGGGGGAUUUUGUGCGUUACCACUACAAUGGCACUUUCGAAGAUGGGAAGAAGUUUGACUCCAGCUAUGAUCGCACCACCCUGGUGGCCAUCAUUGUGGGUGUAGGCCGCCUCAUCACUGGCAUGGACAGAGGUCUCAUGGGCAUGUGUGUUAACGAGCGCCGUCGCCUCAUUGUGCCUCCCCACCUGGGCUACGGCAGCAUUGGUGUGGCGGGCCUCAUUCCCCCUGAUGCCACCCUCUAUUUUGACGUGGUCCUGCUGGAUGUGUGGAACAAGGCGGACACGGUGCAAAUGUCCAUCCUCCUGCGCUCUCCUUACUGCCCCCGCAUGGUGCAGAACGGCGACUUUGUGCGCUAUCACUACAACGGCACUCUGCUGGAUGGCACUGCCUUUGACAACAGCUACAGCAGGGGAGGCACGUACGACACCUACAUCGGCUCUGGUUGGCUGAUUAAAGGCAUGGACCAAGGGCUGCUAGGCAUGUGUCCUGGAGAGAAAAGGAAGAUCAUCAUUCCUCCCUUCCUGGCUUAUGGGGAGAAAGGCUAUGGGACUGUGAUACCCCCGCAGGCCUCCCUCGUCUUCCAUGUCCUGCUGAUUGAUGUCCACAACCCGAAGGACACAGUCCAGCUGGAGACGCUGGAGCUGCCCCAGGACUGUGUCCGGCGAGCCGUGGCAGGGGACUUUAUGCGUUACCACUACAAUGGCUCUCUAAUGGAUGGUACCCUCUUUGAUUCCAGCUACUCCCGCAACCACACCUACAAUACCUAUGUCGGGCAGGGUUACAUCAUCCCUGGGAUGGACCAGGGGCUGCAGGGUGCAUGCAUAGGGGAACGAAGGAGGAUUACUGUGCCCCCUCACCUUGCCUACGGGGAGAACGGGACAGGAGACAAGAUCCCUGGCUCAGCCGUGCUCAUCUUUGACGUGCAUGUCAUCGACUUCCACAACCCCGCGGACCCUGUGGAAAUCAAGACUCUGUUCCGGCCACCUGAGAACUGCAACGAGACAUCCAAGAUUGGGGACUUCAUUCGCUACCAUUACAACUGCUCUCUACUGGACGGCACCAGGCUCUUCUCUUCCCACGACUAUGAGGCCCCUCAACAGGCCACCCUGGGCGCCAACAAAGUGAUAGAAGGUCUGGACAGGGGCCUGCAGGGCAUGUGUGUGGGAGAGAGGAGGCAGCUCAUUGUGCCCCCACACCUGGCCCAUGGGGAGAGUGGAGCCCGGGGCGUCCCUGGCAGUGCUGUCCUGCUAUUUGAGGUGGAGCUGGUAUCCCGAGAGGACGGCUUGCCCACGGGCUACCUGUUUGUGUGGCACCAGGAUCCUCCACCCAGCCUGUUUGAAGACAUGGAUCUCAAUAAAGAUGGAGAGGUGCCCCCGGAAGAGGUAGGCUGGGAACUUAGUCACAGCCUGGACCUGGAAGCCAGAGCAUGCUUCCUUGCCCUCUGCCCACCCCCACUGCACUUGUUGAGCUUCAAGCCUUCCUCUCCUGCACACUGUGCAGUCCGCCCUCCCAUCUGGCUGUCUCGUACCCCACCUGCUCCCCAAGUUACACCCCGCCUGCUCCCCGUUACACCCCGCCUGCUCCCCAAGUUAUACCCCACCUGCUCCCCAAGUUAUACCCCGCCUGCUCCCCAAGUUAUACCCCGCCUGCUCCCCAAGUUAUACCCCACCUGCUCCCCAAGUUAUACCAGCCUGAAUUCCCCGACACCCAGGCCUGGGGAAACAGUGUUGGACUCCACCCGAGGCCCCUUCCCUAGGCCACCCACAGCUGUUGACAUGGACCCUCACCGCUUUGAUGUCCUCUGCUCUCCCCUCCUCCAGUUCUCCUCCUUCAUCAAGGCUCAAGUGAAUGAAGGCAAAGGGCGCCUCAUGCCAGGGCAAGACCCUGACAAAACUAUAGGAGACAUGUUUCAGAACCAGGAUCGAAACCAGGAUGGCAAGAUCACAGCCGAGGAACUCAAGCUGAAGUCAGAUGAGGACCGGGAGAAGAUCCAUGAGGAGCUCUGAGGGCCAGAGUCUCAGGUCUGACCUCAGACGUAAAGGCCCCCCGCUGGGGGGCAGUGGCAGUGGAACUGGCCUGCCAACAGCACCCCUCCCUCGGUGGGGAUAACUCUGGGAGUCACUGAGUGUCAUCAGAGACUGCGGGGACCUUCCCACCAGCAGUGGUUACCAGUCCACAGCACAGACCUCUGCAUUCGUCUCUUCCCAACCCUACACCUCUUCCUUGGGGUUCCCGGCGUGAUAAAUCUGAUUCGGGGAGGCGUAUUUGGGUAGGGCCAUUGCUGACCCCGCACACCUAUACCUCCCAUUCACACGCUAGACUCAGCAAGGGUGAGCUCCUUGGUCCUUCACUUUCCCAAAUGUACCUUUGUUUGUACUGUCCUGCCCCAUCGCCCUGUCCAUGUCUGUCCCCAUCCCGUCACGGCAGCUCCCCAGGGGUGUGAGUGAGGAAACCCUGUAUUCUCCUACAUCAGCUCUGCCCGCUCCUCAGGAAGGGGUGGCUCCAGGAACACUGCCAGCCACCCUUCUAACUCAGCCUCCUCCCUGACCACCGGGGUCAGUUUUUCAUCUUACAGAGGCCUUCUUGGAAAGGAAAGGGUGUGUGAGGACACCUGCUUGGGCUUUAGGGCUGUGCAAACCCGCACUUGGUGCUAAUUUGAUGGGAGGGAGGGAGGCAGAGUUCUGGGCGCUCAAAGGCGAAACUGAUCCAAUCCUUUCUCCUUUGUGUCAAUAAAAGGUUAAACUGAA